GUUCUAACAAUGGACAGAAACGAAGACCUCUUUUCGCACACUUUGAACACAGAAUUGGCGGAAAUCGCGGCAAUCGUCAGGAAUUUAGCGAUUAUUCCGCGCGAGAAACGCCUCGAGUGUCUGCAGGCACUCAGGAAGGCGCUGAAGCGGUCGCAGAAUGCGAUUCCCUUCCAGAUCCAGAACGAGUUCUUUCUGCUCCUGGCCUUCCUGCUGGACGACGCGUCUUCACGACCGCCGGUCACGUGCGAGUGUCUCUGGCUCUGCGUUGACGUCAUUCCCUUUCAGCCGAACCUCGACUCCAACUUCGCGCCCAUUCUGCCCAAAAUCGUCGCCUUUCUCGGCCACGACUCGCCGGACGUGCGGCGGGCGGCGUUGCGCGCCCUCCACGUGCACAUGCGCUACACGCUGAACCUGCAGAAGUGCGUCAACACGUUCGUCGCGUUCGGUUUGCAAAACACUUCGCUCGACGUCCGCCGCGGCGCUGUCGUCGCGCUCCCGCUUCUCUUCACCGAAGAGUUCUCCAACGAGAACCUCUUCCCAUUGGUCGACGCGUUGGGCCGCCUCCUCGUCCAAUCGGACGCCGCGCUCUUCUACCCCGUGUUCCUCGCGCUCCAACGCCUGCACUCCGUUCUCGGCAAUCAGACUUUCGGCGCCUAUUUGGACAGAAUGUCGGCCGAGACGCAGGAGCUC